CGGGAUAGCGGGCAUACCGCGAUCACAGACUACCAUGCUCACAGGUGGUAUCAGCCCGGGACUAAGGGCAGAGGAGUGGUUGACCAAAAGAGUUUUCUUCAUGACUCCACAAACUAUCAUGAACGAUCUCAAGACCGGAAUUUGCGAUCCAAAGAAGAUCGUCCUUCUAGUGGUUGACGAAGCUCAUAGAGCCACAGGAGCGUAUGCGUACGUCGAGGUUGUCACAUUCAUACGCCGCUUCAACGAAUCCUUUCGCGUGCUCGCACUAACUGCUACCCCUGGGUCGGACGUUGAGUCGGUCCAGAAAGUCAUCGAUGGUUUGGACAUUUCACGAGUCGAGAUCAGAACUGAGCAGUCCCUCGACAUUCGAAACUACGUCCACAGCAGGAAGAUUGACACACAUGUGUUCGAGAACUCGGACGAGAUGGAGAUGUGUAUGUCGUUUUAUUGCCAGGCGGUGCAGCCUGUCUUGAACCAGCUCAAUGCACAGAACGCGUUUUGGAGUAAGAACCCUCUCGAAUUAACACCCUACGGCUGUUUGAUGGGUCGCCAAAAAUGGAUGAAGGAUGCGGGCCGAAAUGCUUCAUUCGGUGUCAAGGGCAUGGUCAACACCAUAUUCACUAUUCUCGGAAGCUUGUCACAUAGCAUGGAACUCCUCAAAUACCAUGGUCUGGGCCCUUUUUACCAAGGGCUCGUCGGCUUCAGAACGGCGGCGGACGAGAAAAAUUCAAAGUAUAAGAAGAUGAUCAUCGAUAGCGAGCACUUCAAGAAGCUGAUGACUAGGCUCCACGCUUGGGUCAACAACGACAACUUCGUCGGCCAUCCUAAACUCGACUUUCUGCAAGAAGCCAUCCUCGAGCAUUUUGUGAACGCUGGAGAAGGUAGAGGUCCUGAGGGCGCCCCACCAUCGAGUACCCGAAUAAUGGUCUUUGCCCAUUUCAGAGACAGCGCCGACGAGAUUGUCCGUGUUCUGAAGCGAAACAGCCCUAUGAUUCGACCUCAUGUCUUCGUAGGACAGGCCGCCUCGAAGCAUUCCGAGGGCAUGGACCAAAAAACGCAGCUGGACGUCAUUCAGAAAUUCAAGAACGGAUUCUACAACACUCUCAUUGCCACUUCUAUCGGUGAGGAGGGCUUGGAUAUUGGUGAAGUCGAUCUCAUCAUCUGUUAUGAUUCCAAGGCUUCGCCUAUACGUAUGCUUCAGCGAAUGGGACGGACAGGUCGCAAGCGUGCUGGCAAGAUCAUCUUGCUGCAAAUGAAGGGCAAAGAGGAAACCGAUGCCAUCAGGGCCAAGGAUAACUAUGAAAAGAUGCAAGAGCUUAUUGCCAAUGGGUCCCGGUUCGCCUUCCACGAUGAACGCUCUCGACGGAUUCUGCCAAAGGAGGUGCAACCUGUUGUUGAUAAACGACACGUCGAGAUCCCGUUCGAGAACUCACAAAAAGAGCUGCCUGAACCGAAGAAGGGUCGUGGUAGAGCCCCUAAACGCCCGCCAAAGAAAUUUCAUAUGCCUGACAAUGUCCGAACUGGGUUCGUGCAAGCAUCAAAGAUGGGUGGUGAUGACGCCGAGGAGCAAGUCCCCACUCGACGAAGCGCAAAGAGGAAGGUGGAAAAGAAAUACCCCAGUGAAGAGCCGGUUGUCCUAGGAGCAUUGGAAGAAGUUUUACUCACUGAUAUGGAAAUGAAAGAUCUCGAGCGUCGAUACCAGCCCGUCAUCGACGACGAUGAUAUGCCAACUAUUGGCGCUCUAAAUUUUUCAGCUCAUCCAGCUCGACAGCGGAUCAUGGCCAGGACCGCAGCUUUCCGGCGUCCGAGCCGCUUGACCUCGUCUAUCGUAGAUAUGCUACGGAGGAUGCAUCGGAUGGACGAGGAUCAGGUUGAGGAAUUCAAGAACAACUUCAAUCAUGCUGAUCUAGGGACAAGCCUCGUUAGCGGAGAAGAAUAUAUUAUUUCUUAUACCUCCGAGACUGAAGAUCGAGCACAAGCACCGCGUUCUAAGCCGCAAUCACUGCCUGCCAAACCUCGCGGCCGCCCGCCCAAGACCCCAGCUCGCCAAAAAGCUCGUCCGACCGCGCGGCCCCAAGCGUUCCGCAUAUCAGACCUGGUUGAAGAAGGCGCAUCGAGCAGUCCACCUCCUACGGACCCUCGCAUGCGCAUACCAUCGCAAGCCGAGACCUUGGGUUCCGACACUUCUGGGUCCGAACCCGAGCAAGAAGAGUUCGACUCAGAGCUUGCAGAUUUCGUUGCCGAUGAUGACGAAGUGAUUGGGGAAUUUAGCUCGUCCUUACCAAACAUCGACUCGGCCAACGGAUCGCUUACAAUACCGAAGGUCACGAAGGGCAUUAGUAAGGUUCAGACAAAGACACCGAUGUUCUAUAUCUCUCAAGAGGUCGUGAGCGGUGACGAGGAUGAGGAGCUCCCGGAUCCCAGUACGUUGGUUAGCAAAAGGAAACCUGAGGUCAUUGAGGACGAUGACGAUGGCGAUGACGAUGACGAUAACGACGUACCGGUAGUUAGACAGCGCAAGCGUAUAAGGAGGAUUGUAGACGAUGAUAGUGAUGAGUGAUGGAUGAUUGACGCUGCAUAUAACCGAUUUCUUGUAUAUUCUAACUGGAGCAUUGACUUGGUCCCGUGCAAUAUCAUCCCAAAGACAUGUUUCGCAAGACCUAGUGAGCUCACCAACGUGAGUGAGCUUUUGUUGCUUAAUGAUAUUGUCAACGAAGUGUAAAACGGUGGCCGAAAAUCCUCAGUCGCAUUGGACUUCAACACGACCUUGCAAGC